CCAUUUUUACAUUUUGUGCUGGAUUGAACUUUCCGGGCUUGGCGCGAGCAAAUGCCCCCGUGUUUACUGACAAUAAAAUAAAAUUAUAAGAAAAUGACUGACAAAGAAGCCGAAAAUUUUGACGAAGCUGCAGAAGAAAGGGUUAUCAAUGAGGAAUACAAAAUAUGGAAAAAGAACACACCCUUCCUUUAUGACCUGGUGAUGACACAUGCAUUAGAAUGGCCAAGUUUAACAGCACAAUGGCUUGCUGAUGUCACUCGACCAGAAGGCAAGGAUUAUUCAUUGCAUCGAUUAAUACUUGGAACUCAUACAACUUCCACUGCAUCUUCCAGUUCGGAUGAACAGAAUCAUCUUUUGAUUGCAAGUGUUCAGUUACCUAAUGAUAAUGCUCAGUUUGAUGCAUCGCAUUAUGAUAGUGAUAAAGGAGAAUUUGGUGGAUUUGGUUCGGUUAGUGGAAAAAUUGAGAUUGAAAUAAAAAUAAACCAUGAAGGUGAAGUUAACCGUGCAAGAUACAUGCCACAGAAUCCAUGUAUCAUUGCAACAAAGACCCCAUCUAGUGAUGUGCUGGUUUUUGAUUACACUAAACAUCCUUCAAAACCAGAUCCAAGUGGUGAAUGUAUUCCAGAACUACGAUUAAAGGGUCAUCAAAAAGAAGGAUAUGGCCUGUCUUGGAACCCUAAUCUCAAUGGUCACCUACUGAGUGCUUCAGAUGAUCAUACAAUAUGUUUGUGGGAUGUAAAUGCUACUCAGCGCCAGGAAAGAGUGAUUGAUGCAAUGACAAUAUUUACAGGUCACACAUCUGUUGUUGAGGAUGUUGCUUGGCAUUUGCUUCAUGAAAGUUUAUUCGGUUCAGUCGCUGAUGAUCAGAAACUAAUGAUUUGGGACACAAGGUCCAACAACACAAGUAAACCUAGCCAUACAGUUGAUGCUCACACGGCUGAGGUGAACUGUCUGUCAUUUAAUCCUUACAGCGAGUUUAUUUUAGCCACUGGUUCAGCAGACAAGACUGUUGCUCUUUGGGACUUGCGAAACCUAAAGUUAAAACUUCAUUCAUUCGAGUCACAUAAGGAUGAAAUUUUCCAAGUUCAAUGGUCACCACACAAUGAAACAAUUCUUGCCUCUAGUGGUACUGAUAGGAGAUUACAUGUUUGGGACCUUAGCAAAAUUGGAGAGGAGCAAUUGCCAGAAGAUGCUGAAGAUGGACCUCCUGAGUUAUUGUUCAUUCAUGGUGGACACACAGCAAAGAUAUCAGAUUUUUCUUGGAAUCCCAAUGAACCAUGGGUGAUUUGUUCAGUGUCUGAGGACAACAUCAUGCAAGUUUGGCAGAUGGCUGAAAAUAUUUACAAUGAUGAAGAACCAGAUCAGCCAGUGGGCGAGCUUGAGGCCGCCACAUCAUAACCUGAACAACCAUCACCAUCUUCAUCCUGGUACUUUGAUUUAUGUUUGAAUGCUAACUGAUGUACAUCAUUGUUGUUGGUCCUUUGCCUCUGAAGUCAGAUUAGUUACUUUUUAUAAUAUGUCUUGUUAAUGUUUUCAAAAAGAAAUUUUUUUACUUCACAUUGUAGAAGGAUUGUUAUUUAUUUCCCAGUGUGCUCGUAUUUUGUAAUUAGCUCAGUGCAUCUGUAUCUUUUUAUGGUUUAGCAUGUUGUUUAUUUUCAAAUUCAGUUUAUCAGUAGAACAUUAAGAAAAUUUAUUUGGCUUUUAAUCUGCUGUGCAGCUGGCUAUUAUACUAUUUACCAAUAGUAGCAUUAAAAAAAUUAUCCAAAUUGUGGUCAUAAAUUUUAUUAUCUGAAUCUAUUUUAAAAUGAGUCCAUUCUAACCUAAAUAAUUUUAUGUACAGGUUUUGCUUUUGUAAAUUUAAUUAACUGGAGAUGGAAUUACUUGAAUAUCACCUUUGUUGUGCUUUAAAAUACAUCAAAUAUCUCUACUUCUAUAAUACAACCACACAAGUGGGAUUUGUGUAUACAUUUGUACUCUGACACACAUGACAGAGGUCUGAGUUUUUGUUGUUUUGUCAAAGAUUAACUUUGAUGGACUACUGGUGUUGUCUAGUUAAUGUUAUAAAUAGCCAUUGAUUUAAUUAGAAUCAAAACAAUUUGACUUCAGGCAAAAAGCCUUGUUCAUUGCUCCAUUGUGUAAAAUACUAUUUCAUUUACUGAUACAUUUAACAUUUUUAAACAAGCUCUUAUUGUUAGUUUUGAUGAUUAAAACCAUGUCAAUUAUU